AUGGAGUCUAAUAGUGUUGCCAAUGCAAGUGAUUUUCAACCUCAAAGUUGGCAAAUUUCUUCAAAUGAGGCGUUAAAGAUUUCAUUAAUUGAGAAAGACACUGAAGCUGGAGCCAUUCAAUUUUCACCAUUAUAUACAUAUCCAAUAUUUGGUGAUGAAGAAAUGAUUUAUGGUUAUAAAGAUUUAGUAAUUCAUUUAGUAUUUGAUUCAAUAACAUAUAAACCAUUUUUAAAUGUUAAAUAUUCCGAAAAAUUAAAUGAUGAUAUCAAUCCAGAAAAGGAUAUUAUUAAUAAAAUUAUACCAUUUUUACCAAAGGAUGACUAUAUUUUAAAAGAUGAAUUAAAAUGGGUUGAUUCAUUUACACAAGAGAGAAAAAAUUUUAAUAUAAUGUCAUCUUUUGAAAAAAUUGAUGAAUAUACAAAAGAUAGUAAUAAAUUUGGAAUAUAUCGUGUCCCAAUUGGUGAAAUCAUUCAAACAAAUAAAGAAUCAUCAAUAGUUAAAUUUUGGGAAAGAAUUCAAAUUUUUACAUUAUUAUUUAUUGAAGCCGCUACCUAUUUAAAUUUACAAGAAGAACCACGUUGGGUAAUAUAUUUAAUAUUUAAUGAACAAGAUAAGAAUUUAAUUGGUUUUGCGACAACGUAUAGUUAUUGGGAUUAUCAAGGUUUUCAAAAUUUUGAUAAAACAUCUUCAAAUAUUCAAUUUAAUGAAAAGAUAUCUCAAUUUUUAAUCAUACCGCCAUAUCAAGGAAAGGGUCAUGGUUCAACAUUAUAUCAAUCAUUAUAUUCAUAUUGGAAUAAACAGAGCAAUGUUAGUUGUAUUACUGUUGAAGAUCCAAAUGAACAAUUUGAUGAUUUAAGAGAUUAUAAUGAUUUAAAGAUAUUACAAGAAAAUAAAUUUUUUCAAGAUUUAAUUGAAUAUUGUUCCAAGGAUAAAGAUGAUAAAAAUUUUUUUAUUAAUGAAGAAUGGAUUGAAACUCAACGUCAUAAAUAUAAAUUUGAGAAAAGACAAUUUCAAAGAUUGAUUGAAAUGAUUUUGUUAGUUGAAAAUAAGACAAUGAUAAAUUUAUUUAAGAGACAAGUUAAGAGACGUAUUUGGAUUAAAAACUAUGAUUCAUUAUUUGAAAUUGAAGAUGAAGAUCAAAAAUUUAAAGCAAUUGAUGAUUCAUAUUUAUUAGUGAAACAAGAUUAUGAACGUAUCUUAAAGACAUGCAAAUAUAUUGAUUAA